AAAGUAAUGUGAUAUCUGAGUCAGCGCCUAUACGUGCCCCCCCUUCGCACAUGGAUCGAGUUGACAGAGAACCCAUAGCAUGUCAACGCCAAAAGCCUUCUGAUUAUAACAAGGUGAAAACUGCCUAUUCAGAGAAGGAUCCUCCCAGCGUUGCCAACAUAACCAUGACUGAGAAACCUUACCAGGCUCCUUAUGCUCGUGUUUCCUCUCUGGAAGACCCAUGCACUCAUCAUUCAGAGUAUGGCAAAGCACCACUAGCAAGCUUGGAAGUGCUGUCAAGAGCUGAAGAAACUGUCAAAACACGUGUUCCUGAUGUAAAAGCCUUCAAAGUGGAAACAAAGAAAGUAACUCCUGAGAAGACUCUUGUAAAGGAAACAUCAAAAGGUCUAAGACGGCUUUUGAAGUUUGGAAAGAAGACCACAUCAUCAGUGGAUCAAAGUGUUGACUCAGAGUGUAGUGGUGGUACUGGUAUUAAGCACCAUGAAAAUGCAAGGAAAACAGCUUCAACAAGUGAAGUUUACACAUUAAAGAAUCUAAUCUCUCAAGAUGAACCAUCUAGUGCUGGCAAUGCUUCACAAAAGACAUCUCGCCAUUUCUCGUUAUUCUUGCCCUUCAGGAGCAAAACGAGUGAAAAGAAACAAGCAUCAUAGAUUUCCAAGAAUUUGAGGUGAAAGAUCCAAUUGCUCUACAUCAAUAUAUUGUAAGGAAAGAGGAACAAGUCAAUUGUAUAUCCGUAAACCAUAUAUACUUAAAAAUCCAAAAAAUCAAAAUUUUCUACAGCUCCAUCUAAUUUGCUUGGAGAACAUCUUUGAUUCAUCUGGGCUACCUUUUGAUCA